GUGCAAAGUUCUUAUGAAAGCUACACAGUCUUACCCCUUCACUGAAGGUGUUUGAUUUCAAUUGUCCUGCUCGCUUGUUAGCUGACAAACGUGCUAGCAAGCCUUAUCACAAUGCCCAUUGACUCUUGCAUGUAUGGUGCCUGUCUUAUCUGUGGUUAAUAACUGAAAUAUUUUCAACUUGUCAAGUUGUAUUUUUAGCCUAAAUACAAUAACGUGGCGCCCAUUAUACAGUGUAUAAAAACAGGCUUAUAGCAACACAAACCGAGCUAGCCGCUGAUGUUCGUUUUAAAUGCAAUGUCAUUUCUGAGCAUCACCAUGGUUUCGAUAUAAGGCUGCAUUGAGCGGCGCUGUCAUGCUGCCCGGAGUCGGCGUGUUUGGCACGGGGAGCACAGCCCGAGUGCUGGUCCCUUUGCUGAAAGCUGAGGGCUUUGAGGUCCAUGCACUCUGGGGGAGGAGCGAAGAAGAAGCGUGCAGCCUGGCAAAUGAGCUCGGUAUCCCGUUUCACACGAGUCGGUCCGAUGAUGUCCUUCUGCACCAAGAUGUUGACCUUGUUUGCAUCUAUAUUCCGCCCUCAAUGACGAGGCAAAUUGCUGUCAAAGCACUGGGCAUAGGUAAGAAUGUUGUAUGUGAGAAAGCUGCUACUGCUGUGGAUUCUUUCCAGAUGGUGAAUGCAGCCAGGUAUUACCCCCAGCUUCUCAGCAUCAUGGGUAAUACGCUGCGUUAUCUUCCUGCAUUUGUGACGAUGCAGCAGCUGCUGGUGGAAGGAUACGUGGGUGAAGUGCAGGUCUGCGAUGUGCGCGUGUAUGGCCCCAGCCUCUUGGACCAGUCGUACGGCUGGACUUGUGAGGACCUGAUGGGGGGAGGUGGCCUGCAUACAGUUGGUUCCACCAUUAUUGACCUUUUAAGUUAUCUGACUGGGGCCCGGGCACAGCGGGUUCACGGCUUGCUGCGGACCUUUGUACAACAAAACGACACCAUCAGAGGCAUCCGUCGAGUCACCAGCGAUGAUUUUUGUUUUUUCCAAAUGUUGAUGGGGACAUCCUCGGGUGGCAUGUGCUGCACUGUGACCUUGAACUUCAACAUGCCAGGCUCAUUUGUGCAUGAGGUGAUGAUAGUCGGAUCCAGUGGGAGACUGGUUGCCAGGGGGACAAAACUGUACGGUCAGCGCAAUGGCAGCAUAAGUGAGGAGCUGUUGCUAGGUGAUGGUGGCUGGGCUGGGCCUGACGUGAAAGACAUACCUUUGACUCACCUGCAGGGACUGGGCUCCAUGGUUAAAGCCCUGAGACAGUCCUUCCAGGCUCACCAGGAGCGUAGGUUAUGGGCACGUGGCCCAAUUGCCAUGGCACCCACUUUUGAGGAUGGCCUCUACGUGCAGACGGUGGUGGAGGCUGUGAAGCGGUCCAGCUGUAGCGGAGAAUGGGAAUGUGUGGAGGUCAUGAGUAAGGAGCCUGAUCCGAACCACAACCUGUGUGAUGCUCUGCAGGGACAUAAGAACUAAUCAUAUUGCAGACGAGCAACUACUAAACAUGCCUGACAAAAGCAGGUCUGAAUGUUUUCACUUCUACUGCAGUUUACAUCGGCCGCGACAACUUUGUUUUCUUUUGCCACCUUUUGAGUAGAAUAUUCACUUUGUGUAAUGGAAACAUUUUAUAGUUUCAUACCUAAUGCCUGUAAGUACUCAGGUUGGGGGUUAAAAAAAAGACCUCUUUCUGGUUUGUAGAUGGAAUGAAAGAUCGUAUGCAUUUAAGUCCAAUGGCACCUUAUUGUGAAAGUGUUUUCCCUGAAUGUUAAUGUCACACACAGAUGAUUUGACUUACAAACUGAUACUUUUCUGACAGUACUACUGAUGUUCUAUUGAUGGUGCUCAGCUUUUUGGAAAAAAAAAUACAAACAGAGUAAUGCAGCUGUGCACAACUUGGCAAUGUAUAUGAAACUAGUUUUGCCGUUGGAAGAUGAUGAUAUAAAUGGUAUGUGAUAUACCAGGGAUUGUGUGUUUCAUAAGCUAUGUAACAAAAAAUUGUGUCACGGUGGAUUUAUGUCCCCGAAUGCAGUGACUAAAAUCAGACAUCACACAGACCUCCAUCAUCAUGUGGCCUUGAAAAGAGGGUUCAAGUGUUUUGUGGUCACCUUCACUGUCAAAGCAGUUUUGUUUAUAGUGAGGAAAUCACAUUUUCCCUGCAGAGUCCACAUGCUCGCAAACAUCCUAAUUCUGCCGGUUUGUGCUUAAAAAUACUGUAGCUUAAUUUGAACGUUGAAUAACAGGGCUUAAUUCGAGGAUAUUUAGUCUUUUUUUGGGUGGCCAUCUGUUACACUUUGAGGUUUACUUGAAAGAAGGAUGGCUUUGAAUGUGUGACGUGUGCUGGAAGCGAACAUUUAUACAUUACAAUUUCCUAUUUAAUCUUGCACCAGCAGAAACGAGGCUCUUCAAGUAUUUUGAGGAGCGACAUUUUAAUGUUUAAUUUGGUUUUAGAUUACUGUAUUUGACAACUAAAUGAGCUGUUUACAUUUGUUGUCCUUUCAGAGCUGAUUUUAGUUUUAUAAAGACUUGUUUAACAGGAAAAAAGGAUAUUUACCAAUGCCUCAAAUCCACAGUGGUACCUCAUUCACCCUGUAAUAGAUUUUUGAACCACUGGAUACAACACAUGUGACAAGGAAGAUGUUUGGUUGUCAUGCAGUAGCCACACACUAAUAUCCUGAACAUUGUUGAACUGUUUAUUUUAUUAAUACUGUAUGCUUCACCACCUUUAGACCCACUCAGGAUCUAAGAAAACAGUAAUGUAAACCUAUCACUAUCCCAACAGUGCGUUAUUACAAAAGUACAUUUACAUUAAAUAUCUUCAUAUGUCCUAUAUUCCAGCAUAACGCUGAGUCCUCCCCAUGAAAAUGCAUUCCAUUCCAUUCUGAUUUAGCUUGUAUUGUGUUACAUUGUUUUGCACUGAUAACUGUAACAUUAUUUACCAAGGAGUGUGCUUCUUCAGCCAGCCAGUGCACUGCAAAAUGUAUUUAAAAAUGUGUCUAAGGAAGAUGGAAAGAUGUUUUUUUUUUUUGGUGUGGAGAAGGAUUCCAUUUGUUUGUGUUUACUUUUGUCAGUCUGUGAAUUUCUGUUGAAGCUGGAGUAUUUAUCUAAUAUUUAAUUUGACCAUAUCCCUUCGGGCUCAGUGUGUGUUUGUGUGUGUGUUUAAUUUAGGAAACUGUUAGUUUGACAGAUAUCUCCUUGAAUAAAUACAAUUGUCUUAA